GGAAUUCCCAGCAGGCAGCAGGAAAGAAAAAGGUGGAGUUACAGUGAAGCGCUGGUGAUUGGCUCGAGGCGUCGAUUUGAACGGGGCGCGGGACCCGGUUCGGCUUGACACUACUGCAGUGGCUGUUUUAUAGAGCCGGUUAGGGGCGGCGGCCGACAAGCUGCCUUUGAGGGGACGCUAGGAGACUGUGGGUAAGGUACUGGGAACAAUGGCUGAUAAUGCAACGUGGAGGUGCAUCUACACGACAAUCUGAGAUGCGAAAUGAAAUUCCUCAAAGGCAUGGAUUUUGUGGCGCGGACCACCACUUCCCAAGAAACGCUGGCUUUGUUAUCGGAAUUGAGGGAAUGUCUCAGGGGUGAAUCCAAAAAUGGAGAGCAUACAAGCCAAGCCUCCAAACAGACAACAGCAUGUGAUAGAAUCCUGCGGGCUUGCAUCCAGAGACUUGGUGAAAAUGUGGACUGGCCAGCUCACUUUGAAAGCCUCCAAGCCCUAGCUGAGGUGGCCUACCAUGGCUAUACAGCGGCGAGGCUCCAGUACGUUCCCCUCUACUUGGAAAGAUUGCUGUACCAUUUGCUGAGGGGCAUUGCGGCUUGGGGCUCAUCCAAUAACUGCCUAAGAUUUGCUAAUCUCCUCUAUGCUGACCUCUUGAAGCACCAGCCUCCCCAGGUGCCUGCUGAUGACUAUGUUUCUGUUGCCAAAAGCGCCUUUGGUGUGCUGUGGAAGAGUACAGAUGUUAUGGUUAAACUGGAUAAGAAUCCGGCAGAGUUCAGGCUUGUACUCUCUACCCAGCUGCAGGCUGUAUGCUUCUUGGUGCUUCUGGAGCACGAUGCCCCUACCCAUUUGCUCCAGGAACCCCCGUUCUUUACCUCCAUGGUAGCCCGGCAUGCUUCUUCUGCGGCUCUGAUGUUUGAGGCCCAGCGGAGUCCGCUGAGAAAAGAAGAGGCCUGUUUUCUCAGCGCCCAGUUCUUCUGCCACUUGGUUGCAGCCAUUCUGGAAAAGAGGGGUGUGAAUGAACCUUUGGCUUUCCAGGACUGCCUCUGCAUCUUUGAACUCGCCGUGGUGAGGUCCCGUUACCUUUGCAAAAGUGGUUGCUUCAAAGAGAGCAAGGAAGUUGUCCAGCAAUCCAGUGGCUAUUUGAGAAGAUCUAGCCAUGAGAGCCAUUGCUUUAGUGUCGCUGUAGAUGUUCUCUCUGCUGGAGUUGAACUGAGCAAAGUGUUGGCACAGGCAGAGGGUUCAGUAGGGCCCUUCUUCAUCCAUGCUGCUAAGGCUCUAGACUCUUCCCCAGAUGCUCAAGAACCCCUGCUUAGAUUGCUGACUGAAAGCUGCCAGCUGCUUAUAACCCCUUUGUAUGGACAUGUAAGGAAGAGUAAUCAGAGACUCUUUAACCUGCAUGAUAUUCUGGGGAUCUCUGCUUUCAUGGAAAGUUACGUCGGACUACUCAGGAAGCUGCUGGAUUUAGUUCUGCCAGACAACAAGACACAGCAGCAAACUCUGAAGAAGUUGCUGUAUCACUACUUCCAGUUGUACACAACUCUGAUAUAUGACUCUCCACAGAUUCUGCAGAGGCCAGAGUCUGCUGGGCUACCGGAGUUACUGGUAUAUCUUCAAAGGGUUGUUAUCUGGAUGCUGGAUAUGCUAAAAGGACUUCCUGAGGGAGAGCAGGCCGAGUAUCUGGAUGUCUCAGCAUAUUGUGUGUCCCGGCUGGCCUAUAGCUUCUACUGUCAUAAGAUGUAUGUGGAGUCUAACUCUAUAGUGGAGCUUUUCUGCAGUCAGCUGGUGAAGGAGGAGCUUGUCGAAUGUCCAGAUUUAACUACAGAAAAGGUGACAAUGUUUCCUCGUAGCAUGAUGAGCUGGUAUGAAGGAGGUGCCCAGCUGCACAAUUGUUUUAAGCUGCAAGUGGAAAACUAUAGGAAGCUGGGUUUGUUAGAGGAGGCUCUCCAGGCUGUGAUACUCUGGCUGGCUGCUCAACGCAGCAGGAUCACGGAACAGAUGGCAGAGCCAAUCUCCUUCUGGGUCAAAGUCAAAAUGGAUGCCAGCAAAAAUGGAGCUGAAGACCUGAGGCUGAAGACUCUGAAGGAAGGCCUGGAAGGCUACAGCUUAGAUGCCAAGAUCCUCAUGAAAGUAUUGGUGGAGGAACUGAAGGCCUACAAGGCUGUGCGGGUAGACACUGGUCAAGAGCGCUUCAAUGUGAUCUGUGACCUGUUGGACAUAUGUUCGGAAGGAAGCAGCUGGGUCCAUGAGCGGGCUGUGAUCCUGGUGGAACUGGCGCAGGUUCUGUGUUAUCAUGACUACAGUGAACAGACAGAAUGCUCUGCCCUGGACUCCAUACAUGAAGCUCUGCUGCUGUUGGACUCUGUGCCAAAUACUCCCCAGAAUGAAGAGCAGCUCCAGGAUGAUAAGGCCCAAGCUUUACUCUGGCUCUACAUCUGCACAAUUGAGCACAAAAUGCAUGAGAGCAUCAAGCAAGAACAGAGGACCAGAAAUGCCAAUGCUCGGGGACAAAAAGAUGUACAAGUUCUCGAAGGCUUUGAGACCAAUGAUCUUGACUAUGAGGAUAAGUCCCAGGAUGACAAAUUUCUGUAUCUUGGCAUUGCCUUUAACCUGUCUGCAGAUUCUGUGCAAUCAAAGUGUCUGGAUGAUGCCCUUGCCUUGUGGAAGCGACUCCUCUCCAAGGGUAGGACUCCAGCAGUACGUAGCAUUGAGCAGACAGCAGCAUCCCUGCACAUCAUGGCAGCAUUGUACAGAAUGAUGGGAAAGCCACUACAGGCCAUGGAGAGCUAUUUCCUCAUCACAGCCCUCUCCGCUGCACUUGAAGACUCUGUGGGGAAGACCAAUGCCUUGUGCCAAAUUGCCAAGCUUCUUCUCCAGCUGGAAUGUCCCAUUUAUGCUGAGACUAUCUUAAAGGAAGCUGAAUCCUGCCUGCAAAAUGUGGACAGAAGGAAUGACUCCUGCCUGCUGACCAAUCAAACGCUAGCUGUGCUCCAUUGCAAGCUGUGCUUAGCAAACUGCAAGAUUGAAGAAGGUGUUGUCCAGCUAAUAGAAAUCCUACAAAACCCUGCUUUGCAAAGGUCCUCUAAGAUCUGGUACCUGCUCCGGGCCAACGCUCUCCAGUUAACAGCUGCUUAUCUUUGUCUACCAGCUUCCACCCUCCCACUGUUACUCAGGCAAAAACUCUGGGCUCAAGGAUGGAAGACCCCCGAAAUGGCUAUGGGUGAUGCGCACAAACUCUACCGCAGCAUCCUCUUGAACUUCUCACUAAUCUGCAGUGACACGUCCACUAAAGAUGUUCCAGAGCAUCAGUUUGUAGAUCAUGGUGACAACCUGGUGCAGAAGUGGCAGGUGCUGGCUGACAUGUUUGUUUGCUCUGAGAGGUUUGUCUCCCUCCUUGGCAGGAUUGAGACUGUAAGUGAAGCAAAAGCUUUCUGCCUGGAAACGCUCAAAAUCUCCAUGAAGCUGCAGUCAGUUCGAUGGUGCGCUCGCUUCUUGGUCUUGAAGAGUGGAUUGGAACUACAACGCAGAGAUCUGGAGCUUUGUCGUUCGGACCUUGAGCAGGUCCUGUUUCUUCUUGAAUCAGGCACAGUUUUUGAAACUACAGAGGAAAAAGCUGAUGUGAAAAUCAAGCCAAGGAAAGGCAGGUCUAAGGACAAGAAGCCUCAAGGCCUGUGCUUGGAGCCCUCUGACGAAGAGCAGCCAUUCUUGCGAGAGGUCUCCCUUGAGUUUGUUGACAUAGUCUCCACGCAGAAGGAGAAGGCUCUAACCACCUCACCAAUUCUUCGGCCAAAACAGAAGAAGCAUCUCAGCAUCCUGAGCCACCCAGCUGCCUGCUCCUGCUCCCUGUGCUCUGACGUGAUCCUCUCGGGUGUCUGCCUUUGCUGGCUGGUCACCUCUGCAGAAGGGGAGCUGGCAUCUGGGAACAGGGUGGAAGGGUUGUGUCUCCUUGAGGCUAGUCUGAAACGGUGCACCGCUGUGACUCAGCGAAUCUCCAGCAUGGUGGCCUGUGUUUCUCAAGGCGAGAAGGCUGUGGCCCAGCAUCAGUCCACAGUUCGGCUCCUUGAUGAUCUGGUAGCGCGUAUCUAUGUGACUUUAGCAAGGCAAAGCAUGAGUACCGGUAGACCAGAGAAGAAACUUUGGGAAAUUCUGGAGAAUGGCUUGACCUUGCUGUGUUCUAAGGAGGCUUGGCUACCUGGAUUUGAAUACCAAAUGGCCAGGCUGCUGCUUGUCAAAGCUGUGGCUACCAUCUCUGUCCUAGCUUCCAGUCAGAAGGGUGGUGCAGAAAACCUCUUUUCUAGUGCCUGGUCCUGGAAGUCGCCAUUGUCUCUCCAUGGGGACCCGGAAAGCAAGCAAAAGGCAGCAGAAAUGACAGUUGAUGCAGUUUGCACACUGCCCCUGAAAAGCAAACCGCAGAAGCAGCGAAGAGCUGAACAAAAAGCAAAGUCUAAGAAAGUCAAAGGAAACAAACCUCUGCUUGCAGUCAGACCUAAUGAUCCAUUUGCCCUGCCUAACUCGGAUUCAAAGGCUGCCCCAGUUGUUCUUAGGCUGCCUUCUGAACACUGUACCCCAGCCCAGAAAUCCCUUCCAGCCUCCAAGACAAGUCUGCGUUUGGCAGCCAAGCCAGCUGUUGCCCUCAAAGCUCCAUUUGUAGUUUUUGAGGAAUCUUCUCCAAAGUUGAAUGUAGAACUUCCAAAGGCUCCCAAGGUGUCCAAAAGAAUGAAAUCUCGAAUUAAGGUCUCCUUCCCUGAUGACAGUGACAUGGAAAAUCCUCCAGAAGCUGCACAGGAGUCUCGGUUCCCUGCUGCCAAAGAGCCAGUGACUGCCGCCACCCAGAAGACUAUGUCCAGCAGAAAGCUGUCUCAGAUGAGCCUUGCCUCAAUGGACGGUUGCAGUGCCGGUUCUUCAGAUGACUGCUCCAAAAAGGCAAAGCCCCAGCACAGGAGGCCACGUGGUAGGGGAGUUUCUAGGCAAGCAAAGUGGCAGGAAGACAUUGAGAAAGCUCUUAGCAAGGAGAGAACUCGCCGUUGUCAGAAUGAAGAAGAAAAGGAGGUUCUGAGGGCCAUUGAGGAGGGGCCUGAGGCCAGCUUUGAAGUCUUGCGGUGUUCUGAUGAAGAAGCAGCAGCAGUCAAAGGACACAGAAGGCAGCCUAUCCAUAGGCUGAAUGACACAGGAGAGGACCAAGAGGUUCUCCUGCAUGAUGUCAGUGGUGACUUGCAGGAGGGUUUCCUGGCUGCAGAGAGGAGAAGUUCGGAGGACCCUUUUAACUUGCGCACGCUUGCCUCUUCCCUAGAUGCACCUUCCACUAUUGCAGACUACUCGUCCAUGGACUCUGUCUAUGACUCCCUCCAAGCUGCCUUCUACUUGAUUGGCCAUUACCCUCCGGGUGCCCUUUAUAGCCACCUCUGCCAGCUCAUGGUGCUAUGCAUUGGAAGCCGGGACCCCAUUACUACUGCCUACCUGGUUUCUGAGUCAGUCUCUGUCACUCCUCGCCAUCAGAUCAUGACUGUCAUUCACAAGAAACUGCACAAACUGAAAAAGGCAUCAGUGGCCAAUGCCUUAAAGCAGCUGGAGGCACUUAACUUGCAAGAAGAAAAAAACAAUUCUCUGUUCCAGCAUCUCUCAGAACUACAGAACCUCUUUGAAUUCAGUUGCCCCAGCCUGACAGAAUUGGAGAUGGAGAACUUUAGAGAACAGCUGCAACAAAUCCCCUCUGGGGUAACAGUGUGUAUAUUAACCCUGGUGAGCAUCCAGCCAGAAGCUGUUGGGGACAUUCUUUUGCUGACGCGGCUGGAGAAGGAUGUCACCCCAGUGACUAUCCAGAUACAGACCAUGCACGCCAAGGUGCCCUUAAGUGCAGCCCUUGGUGAAUUUGAUGCCAUCCUACAGAAACAGAAAGAGAUCUCUAACCUCACAGAUAGGAAGGACUGGUGGAAUGGCCGGAUUGCACUGGACAAGAGAAUGAAGGCUUUGACAGAGGCCCUGGAGGUGCAUGUGCUGAGCUGCUGGAAGGGUGCCCUGCUACCAGCCUGUGAGGACCAAAGCUUGGCAGAUGAAGCCUCCUACCUUCAGACACAUCUCAGGGAGUGUGGCUGUGAGAAAGUGGAUCUGGCACUGCUCAGGUCUAUGCUGAUUGGAUCACAUCUCUUGACCCCACAACACGUGCAGAGCUUGGCACAGGGACUCAACCCAGCUCAACCUGAGAGAGCCCAGAACCUUCUGCAGGAGGCAGUGGACAAACUGGGAUCCCGUGCUGAUCAGGCAUCAAGUGGCCACUUGGUUCUUGUGCUUGAUAAACACCUGCAGAAGCUCCCCUGGGAGAACAUGCCGUGCUUGAGAAACCAGUCGGUGACCCGGCUACCAUCUCUGCGUUUCUUGCUCAGCUACUCUCUUGCAAAAAAGUAUCGGGAACAGACUAUCCUCAACCAUGGUGUCAAUAGCAGCAACACCUUCUAUGUCUUGAACCCUCACACAAACCUUCCUGGGACUGAGAAGGUGUUCAAAGACUGGUUUCAGAGUGAGCCUGGAUGGACUGGUGUGGUGGGACAGAGCCCCAGUACAGACCAAGUGCCACUGGCUCUUGAAGAACGUGAUCUCUAUAUUUAUGCCGGGCAUGGCGCUGGUGCCCGUUUUGUGGACUCCAUCCUUAAGGUUGACUGCAGGGCUGUGGCUCUUCUUUUUGGCUGCAGCAGUGCCGCCCUAGCAGUGCAGGGCAACCUGGAAGGAACUGGUGCUGUCCUCAAGUUCAUCAUGGCAGGAUGUCCCCUAGUGCUGGGUAACCUCUGGGAUGUGACUGACCGAGACAUUGAUCGCUACAUGGAGGCACUUCUCAAGAAUUGGCUCAAGGCAGGCUCUGGAGCCCCUCUGCUCCAAUAUAUCAUACAGUCCCGCCAGGCCCCCAGACUCAAAUAUAUGAUUGGUGCUGCCCCGAUAGCCUAUGGCUUACCAGUGUCUCUGCAAUAGAAAAGUGGAUGAGUGUGAUAUCUGGUUUCUGGUGGGAGGGAUUUGAAAGGCCUCAAAUGAUUUUUUCUUAAACUCUGAACUGCCUGAAAUGCAAACUGCUCUUGGGGAGAGAGGAUAAAUACUGGGCCUUAUGCAAGCUGGUUUGUCACCAAUUGCAGUCAUCUUCAACUGAAAGUAUGCAUUGCCUUUACACAGGGCAUAUUCCUAACUAAGCUGCUGUUCUUUGGAAUAUGUAGCAUUUGCACGUUGUACAAAUUGCAUUUCCACAAAUUAUUGUAAGUUAUUCUUAAAUCUAUUUGUAUUUUAAUGUUUCAAAGUCUGAAUAAAAGUUAAAGCAAAUAA